AUGAAAUCCUGUCUUGAUACCCUAAAAGUUAGCGUUUUCUUUAAAAGAAAAUCACCUUCACAUUGGAAAAACUAUGAUCUUUACUUCUUAACAGCAAGAAAACCAUGUCAUAGUUCUUUUAUACGAGAUUUGAUAAUAAUAGCGGAUUGCAAGGAUAUUUCUUCUUCUGUGAAAAAAAAGGCUAAAGCCAUAGCUGACCUUGUUAAAAACAACAGAAAAGAAAGAAGUAGUUUUUUCAAAUCGCAAAAAGCCUACCUGGAUAAACGAAAACAAAAAAAAUCUCAAGUUUCUAAUAAUCAUGAACAAGUUGAUAAUGAAAAUGAAGAUGAUAGUCAAGAUAGCGAUAAUGGGAAUUAUAGAAAUGACGAGGGAGACAAUAAAAAUAAUGAUGAAAGCAAUAAAGAUAAUGAUGGAGAUGAUAUGGCUUAUAAUCAAGAGAAUUAUAAUAACUUUGAACCAGAUACGGGUCGGUCAUGGAUCCUUCGUAGUGGUACAAAUGUUGGAGAGGCAUUGAAGAAAUAUGUGGAAACCAUUCCAGAAACACAGAAAUGUUUAAAUCUAGCUUAUUGGAAUAUUAUUGAUUUGACUGAGGAUAGCAUGAUAAAGCAUUUCUUUUCGGUUGAUGAUUGGGAAGAAAUAACAGAAAGUUUUAAAAAUGAUGUCACUUUGAUUGAAUCCGAUAUACCAGAUGUUGUGAUAACGAAAAAAGAAAAUAACAAUGCAAUUAAAGAAAUUGCAAAAUUAUCACCGGAGAUAAUUGAAAGGAACAAUAAUAUUAUAUUAACAGACGAGGAUGAAGAUAUUAUGGACAACAUAAAGCUUGCUACCAUAACAUAUAUUGAAAACUUAAAAGGACUGGGAUCGCUUAUUUCAGAAAGGGAUUUUGACAACAAUUUCCCAACUAUGCUAACAAAACGAUUUUUAGAAAAUCAAGAUCUCCAAAUGGAUGCAAAUGAAGGGCUCUCGAUUUAUCAUCGUGCACGAGCAGGUCAAAAAUGUGAUUUUAGAGGCACAUUAAAGAAUAGUCAUACUAGCCUUGAAGCAAUAAUAGGACUUAGAAGUGGCGGUCUACCGGUUGCUCAUCGCAAAAAAAUAUUAGAAGAUCGUAUUGAUCUUGCUGUAGUUAUGCGUGACAUUUUAUAUGAUUUUUUUAAAUCUAAUUUAAAUGCACCUGGAGAUGAGCUUCAUCGCACAUAUGUUCUUGGAAUCCAAUCAUGGGAGUGGAUUCAUGAAACAUAUGGAAUGGAUUGUAAGGCUACAAACGUGUUACGUUUUGGAAGACUUUCUCAAACUAGAAUGCCAAAUAACCCCAAAACACUUACGACACUUGAGGAAUUUUAUGCUCUUAU